AUGAAUUUUGACAACAUUAAUAGUCAUCAACAUGUUUGUGAAAAAGAAUCUCAACAACAACAACAUAAUUAUGUUAUUGUUUCCGAAGAGAAUAAAGAAGAAGAAAAAAAGUUUGUUGAAAAUUCUGAAAUAAACAAUUGCAAGGAAACAGAAAAUACAACAACUGAAGAACCAACAAUUGAAGAGAAAAAUGAAGGAGAAAACCAAUUAGAACAACAAAUUGAAAACCCAAUUCAAAGACCAAUUUCUGUAGAUGUUAAUCAAUUAGAUUUUAGUUUGCCAGACACAAUAAGAAAGGAAGGGAUAUUUUUUAGGUCGUUUAAAGAAUGGCAGGUUCUCUUUCAACAAAAGUUCCGUGUAGCCAGUUCUGAAAAGCAAGGAGAUGAGGAUUCUCAAGUUUUUAAACGUUUCCGAUAUCGAUAUGUUGUCUAUCAUUGUACUCGUUAUGGAGAACCAAGAAAGCGUGGAGCUGGUCGAAGACCUCAUCAAAAUUAUCUUCCUUGUGGGUGCAAAGCAAAAUUAAGGCUAAAUUAUCAUGCACAAAAUGGUGGUUAUCUGCUUAUUACAACUUUGGAGACUGAACAUAACCAUGACGAUAAACAUCCACACUUUAAUGAAAGAGGAGAAUUUAAUUUCGAUUCUGAUGGGGAGAAUGGAGGAAGUAAAAAAAUAAGAAGUUCUUCAGAGGAUGUUGGAUCUUGUGAACACAGUCCAAACAGCACCGAAUCUUUCAAAACGCCCGUUGUUGUCUCAGCAUUUUCACCUUUAAGUCUACAACCAUUACAUAAUUCUCCUUCUUCUGGUGGUCAAAGUAGUUCUGAGGGUGCUGCAGAAUUAAUUCAACAACAACAAAAACUACAAAAAAGACCAUCAGCGUCCCCACGAGAAAGAAAAUCUUCAACUUAUCGAAAUAAUAAAACAAUGAAUGGACAACAACAACAUAAAACGUCAACAUUUUCUAAUGCUUGUGAUUCUUCUUUAAUGAAAAAUGAAGGAGAAUUAGAUACUGCUUUUGCCUUAAAUUUAGCUUUGAAGGCUCACCACAACGCUCAACAACAACAACAAACAAUAUUUCCAACAGAAUCACCACGAAACAUUCUCUCAACAUCAUUUCAGAAUUUUCCAACAAGCUCAAAUCGACAAACUUCAUUUUCUGAUUUUAUGCGUUUUCGACCACCUUUACAAUCACAAUUUAAUAAUUCAAAUCAAAACAAUAAUUUAUUGCCUUUAAUUCAAGAAUUGAUUAAUCGUUCAAAUGGGGGUGAUAAACAAGGAAAUUCUGUUGUUAAUCAAUCAGAACAACAACAACUUCUUUUAGGUCUUUUAUCUCAACAACAUCAACAAACACCCCAAACACAACAACAAGUUGGAAAUGCCUCCGCUUCCUUAUUAUCUGCUUUACAACAUUCUAUUUUGCAACAAAACCGUCCCCAACAACAACAUUCUUCUUUCAACAAUCAAAUCACCCCUUCUACUUCCUCUAAUAAUAAUUCUGCUAAUAUGAUGGCACUUUUACAAAUACAAAAUUUACUUCAAAAUUCUCCAAACAUUUUUGGGUUAAAAACGCAGCAACAGCAACAAACACCCAAUUUAAUUAAUUUAUUGUCUGGUAAUAAUAACAAUAAAAUUAUGGCUGCUUCUAAUAAUAUGAAAAAUGACACGACAGAAGCAAGAAGAGCUGAUAUAAUUCAAGAUGCUGAUCAAAUUCUUCAAACAAUUGUUCAACAAAUGAUUAGAACUAGGGAUUUAGCCAGUUAUUUGCGUAGACUAAGACAAUUUUUGUCUGAUAAUUUUGUUGAGUGAUAUUUUUGAGGAUUUAAAAAUUUUUUUCUCAUUUUUAAGUAAAAUACAUUCCAGUUGGGUAAAAAUUCUGAUUUUUAUGUUCAAAUAAAAUUCUGGUUUGGUAUAAAAUUACAAAUAAAAAAUCAGAAUUACUUCCCAACAACAUCCGACAACACUUAUUUUUCCUAUAAAACUCUUCACUUCUACCUAUUUAUUUUUUGUUGUUUUCGAUUCGAUUUCUAAUUAUUUUUUAUACCUCUUUUAUAGCUUGCCUUUAGUACUUAUAUAUUUUUGCUUUUAUCAUAAAACUUUCUAUGGCCUUACUAUUAUUUUUUAUUUUGUCUUCUCGAGAUUUAUUGUACUU